AAUAUAUAUAUAUAUAUAUAUUAUUAUUACAAGAUUUUCUUAAGAACCCAGAAACAGAGGUAAGCAGAUUCUUCUUCUUCUUCUUAUUCCAAAUCGGGUUUUUCUCUUCUACUGAUCCCAACUUGAGAUUCGUCUUCCAAGUUCAACCACCGCCGGAGCUACCGAAUUUCAAAUAAUCCCGAUCGGUUUCAGGUGAAGAGUUUUGAGAUUUUGGAAUAGUCUGUUAGGUAGAAGGAUGUCGACACCGGAUAUCGCGGGGAUACUAGACAAGUCGAAAGAGCUUGAUCAGUUGAGGGAACAGCAGGAAAAUGUGCUCAUUGAGAUUAAUAAGAUGCACAAGAAGCUCCAAGCCACUCCUGAAGUAGUUGAGAAGCCAGGAGAUAAUUCGUUGUCGAAGUUGAAGAAUUUGUAUGCUCGUGCGAAGGAGCUUUCAGAAAGUGAAGUGAAUGUUUCAACUUUGUUGUUGAGUCAACUUGAUGCUCUCUUGCCUUCUGGACCUCAAGGGCAGCCACGAAGAAGGAUAGAAGGCAAUGAGCCGAAAAGGAAGAGAAUGAAGAGUGACUCUGACAUUCAAAGGAUUUCCCCAGCCCUUCGAAAUCAACUUGAGGCCUGUGCUAGUCUAAAAGGCGAACAGGUAGCAGCUAGGGUCACUCUGGAAGAUGCUGAUAAGGAUGAGUGGUUUGUCGUAAAAGUGAUGCAUUUUGACAAAGACACCAGAGAAUUUGAGGUACUAGACGAGGAGCCUGGUGAUGAUGAAGAAGGCAGUGGCCAAAGAAAGUACAAGUUGCCUAUGUCAGCUAUUAUCCCUUUCCCCAAGAGAAAUGAUCCUUCCCCUACCCUAGAUUUUCCUACCGGAAGACAUGUUUUGGCAGUUUAUCCAGGAACAACCGCACUCUACAAGGCAACUGUGGUCAAUGGUCAUCGCAAGAGGAAGACAGAUGAUUAUGUAUUGGAAUUUGAUGAUGACGAGGAAGAUGGGUCUUUGCCUCAAAGAAUAGUGCCCUUUCAUAAAGUGGUUGCUCUACCAGAAGGACAUCGCCAGUAAAUUUUCUCUUCAAUUCAAGGCUUGUAUCAUCCACUCCCAUAUCCAGUGAGUCAUAUUUAAUCAUCCAUCAAGUUUAGGCGGUUUAGCCAAUUAUGUAGUGUCUAUAGUUAUGAUUAUAGGUUCUGUAAGAAGCAAUGCCAUGUGUGUUUAGGAUCGCUUUCCACUCUUCUGACCAAGUGGAAGCGAGUGAGGGACUGAAUUGGAUAUGAAUGUGAUAGAUCAAACUCAAACUUGUGUUGCCCGACCAUCUCUUUAUUUAAAUUCCACAUGCAUA